GAGAUUAAUGCCAACAGUAGCAUAAUGAGCAUUUUGCGUAAUGGGUAUAUGUUGCCACUGUUUACUUUGCCUGAAGAAGCUGAAAUAAGAAAUAACAGGUCGGCUUUUGAUAAGUUUGAUUUUGUUGGUUCAGAAAUAGAGAAGUUGUUGCUCAAGGGGUGUAUAGUCGAGGUUAGCCAAAAACCAUAUGUUGUUAAUCCAUUAACGGUAGCGGGUAACAAAGAUAAGCCUAGAUUGGUACUAGAUUGCCGCCACAUAAAUCCUCAUCUGUACAAAGAAAAGUUUAAAUACGAGGAUGCACAAGUUGUACGGGAUUUGUUCAAAGUUAAUGAUUUUGCUAUAACUUAUGAUUUGAAAUCAGCUUACCAUCAUAUCGAAAUAACCGAAGAGCACCGAAAGUUUUUAGGUUUUGCCUGGGAGAAAGAGGGCAAGAAAAAGUAUUACGUGUUCAAUGUGCUGCCAUUUGGCCUAUCAACGGCAGGUUAUGUAUUCUCAAAAGUAAUGAGAGAAGUAGUUGCAUAUUGGAGAAGCAAGGGGUUCAAAGUAGUAAUGUUUCUAGAUGAUGGUUUGGCUGGAAGUGCCACUAGAGAGAAAGCUAAAGGGCAGAGUGAUUUCAUCCGAAACAGUUUGAAGGAUUUGGGCUUUUUAAUAGCCGAAGAAAAGUGUGAUUGGGAGCCGAAAACAAAAGUUGUUUGGCUCGGUCUGGUAUGGGAUUUUGGACAUGGGGUCAUGCAUAUCACUGAAAAGAGGACUAAAAAUCUCAUAUAUUCAAUAAAUCAGUUGUUGAGCGGGUUAGACGCGCCUUUUGCGCUGGUAAAGGCCAGGUCAUUGGCAGGCAUCCUAGGCCAAAUCGUAUCAAUGCAUAGCGUUUUGGGAUCAUUGGUUCAGCUAAAAACAAGGGAAGCAUUCAAAUGUGUCAAUAGCAGAGCAAGUUGGAAUGCCAGCGUAGUGUUGGCAUCAGAAGCCAAAUCAGAAUUGAUAUUUUGGAGAGAUCAGGUAGAUCAAAUAAAUUCCAGAUCGAUAUCGGAGCACAUGGUUGUGCAUUCAUCAGUAUACACAGAUGCUUCAGGCAUAGGUUGUGGAGGGUAUGGGUGGGGACAUGAGGAGAUGGAGAUGGUUGGAGCUUGGUCACAGAAUGAAAUGGGUAAAAGUUCCACGUGGAGGGAACUAGAAGCAGUUCAUAGAAUGAUGCAAGAUAUGGCACAAGGUCUGGAAGGGCCAAAUGUUCGUGUGUAUACGGACAAUAAGAAUGUAGUGAAGAUUAUCAAAGCAGGUAGUAAUAAUUCAGAAUUGCAACAGAAGGCACUACAGAUCCGAGAAAUUUGCUCAAAAGUUGACAUGAAAGUUGAUCCAGUGUGGAUACCAAGAGCAGACAAUAAACGUGCAGAUGAUCUGAGUAGAAUGGCUGAUAGCGAUGAUUGGCAAAUAGAUCACAAAACCUUUGCAAGGUUAGACAGAUGUUGGGGUCCUCAUUCUUGCGAUAGAUUCGCAUGUGGGUACAAUUCAAAGUGUCAAAAAUUCAACUCACGGGGAUGGUACCCCGGAACUUCAGGUGUAGACGCCUUUAGUCAAAAAUGGUCGAAUGAGAUGAAUUGGUGGGUGCCUCCAUCCAAAUUAAUUGCUAGAACGGUAGAUAAGUGUGUAGCAGAAAAAGCAUGCGGAACGUUAGUGGUUCCAUACUGGCAAUCGGCGCCGUUUUGGCCCAAGGUUUGGAAUGGUUCUAGUUUUAAGCCAUUUGUGCAGGCGCACGAGUUUUUAACAUCCGAUGUUGUGUGGAAAGGGAAAGGCAAGAAUGGGAUAUUUGGAAAACGUGGGAGUAUAUUCAAACUAAUCGCACUGAAAAUACGGUUCUAAUUGAGUUAUUUCUUUUUAGUA